AAAGCGAGUCACUUCCGGCAUGUCAGAGGCACCUGGCCCCCCCCCGGCGACCAUCACCCCGGCACCCACGGCUCAGCCGGGCUCGAGCGCGUGCGGAAGCGUCGAGAGGGGUGUGGACGCUUCGACACAGAUGGAAACGGGCAGACCCGCAAUCGUCCCACCGGGCGCGGGGAGCGCGCCCCUCCAGCUGUCGAUGGGGGCGCAAGCGGGAGCGUCGAGUGUGUUGCUCGAAGAUCUCAUGCAGCCGAUGGGUUCCUUCUGCCCAAACGGAUCCGGCGGCGAGCGGAAGCGGUGCGCUUCGGCGUGCGUCGCCUGCUGCCAGAAGCGCAUCCGCUGCGUGAUGCUCCGCUGCGGCAGGUGCUCCAACUGCGUCGCCCGCAACAUCCCGUGCAUCCCCCGCGUCGGGCGGAAGCGCGGCCCUCCGCUCCGCGAGGAGCGCGAGGCACGGGAGCGUGCCGUCGCCCUGGCGCUGGAGCGGCAGCAAUCGGGCAUGUUGGUCGGCAGCCAGGACUCGCUCGGCUCCCGCCCGGGCGGCUUCCCCGGCGUCCCGUCGAUGCCCGUGCCGCUCUCGGCGUUGCAGCAAGCGCAGCUCGUCGCCCUCUCCGCCGCCAGCCAGCCACCGCAGCCGGUGGCGAUGCUGCAGAUGAUGGCGCACCUGCAGGCGAUGCAGCAGGCGCAGAGCUCCUACUCUGGCUCGCCGCUCGGGCAGCACGCCCCCUCGCCGCGGCAGUGGCCGCAGAUGGCGACCGGCCAGCAGAUGCCGACCACACCACAGCAGGCGCAGGCAGCGCAGCAGGCGCAGGCAGCGCAGCAGGCGCAGGCAGAGCAGGAGGCGCAGGAGGCGCAGGCGAUGCUGACGCAGCAGGGCCAGGCGCAGGCGCAGGCGCAGCAGGCGCAGCAGCAGGCCGCAGCCCAGGCGGCACACCAACAAGCAGCAGCACAGCUGCUGAUGGCGCAGCGGCAGGCUCAGGCCCAGGCGAUAUUGGCGCAGCAAGCGCAGGCGCAGCACGCGCAGCAGACGCAGCUCUCGUUUGACUCUCUUCGUUUCAUUGCGAGCGGUAGUGGACAUCUGCGAGGGCCGGGAGAGCUGAACCCUGACUGA